AUGGCUCAAAGACGGCCACCCGCAGGGCCGCUUCACCUCACCACCCGCGUCUUGGUCAAGUCUUUGUUUUGUGUUUCCUUUGACACAUUGCCAGAAGAGGGAAGGAUUGUCUAUGGCAUUGCAAAACUUGGAGUUGCCCAGGUGAUUUACCUUGUUCCAGGCAAGGAGAUGAAGGUCGGGAGGCAACCGGACGUGUGCUCAGUGGUCAUGGACUCGCCGGAGGUUCCGCAGAUGAUUAGCCGCUGUCACGCCAGGUUGGUGGAGGAUGAAGGCACUUUGCUUGAUCUCACCCGUAGCAUGUGGAUUUUGACUGACGAGAAGAGCCUGAAUGGCAUCCAUGUGAACGAUAACAAGCUGACGGUGCCGAAGAUUCUGAGACAUGGUGAUCAUGUUUGCUUCGGCAGGAAGCUGCAAGAUCGCCCUGUGUUCGACUAUGUGUUUGAAGAGAAGGACAUGCUGAAUCCGGAACGACAGCUGAAAAAGAGGAGAGAAUCUCAAGCAGAUGUAGAAGCAGUGGGCCAAGCUACUGCAGCUGCAAAAGCAACAGAUACUUCUACCUUUCCAAAGUGGACAGCAGUGCCUGGUGCAAAUGGCAGAACCGGGGCAGCGGUUGACAUUGACUCAGACUGUAACGAGAGCCAGCAGCAAGAUCUUCAUGCCACACAUGGAGCACGAAAGGCUUCGGACCAGAAGCCGCCACAGAGUAUUGCUGCGGUUAAGCUGAAAGAUCUUCAGUCAGAGCUUGUUUGCUCAAUUUGCCAAGACUGGAUUGUACACGCAGCCUCUAUAGAGUGUGGGCACAUGUUCUGCCGUGAAUGCAUUAACCAGUGGCUUACACACAAACACUUCCUGUGUCCAGUAUGCCGUGCCGCAGUCAGACAGGGGCCAACUGCUGCCCGGGCUUUAGAUGCAGUCGUUGACAAAACGAUUCAGCAGAGUAGCAAGUCGGACAAGCAGGAGUUUGCGCUUCGGGUCAAGAAGGCAGAUCAGUCGCAGACCAAGCGGCAAACGGAUAAGCGGGAAUUGGAAGAGUCUGUGAAGCAAGCCGUUCGCAGCAAGAAGAAAUUCUUUCAUGUGAACCAGAACUGGGGCAAAAAGGGGAAGAAACUAUUCCAAGAUGGCGUGAAGCAGUACAUCUGUGAAGCACGAGAAGCUUACUGCAAGCUUGUUGGCCUCACUGUCAGUUGGGUGUACAGCGCUGAUGAUUCGAAACUCAAUCAGGCGUUGCACAACCUGGGCUUGCAAGAGUUUGUGAGCAAGGAAGAGCAAGAAAUUCGACAGAGACUUUUAAUGUUUCUGCAUUACGGCUAG